AUGUCAUGGAUUGAAAUGAUGGAAACCAGAGGAGCAUUUCUUAAUGAUUCGAUUAUUCUUACAAAGGCUGAAGACUUUGCGAAGAAACGUCAAAUAACUGAGUUUAAAGCCAGUCGUGGAUGGCUUGAAAAAUUUAAAAGAAGACAUGGGUUAAAAUUGAAGAAACUUUAUGGAGAAUCUUCUACAGAGAAUUUCUCAAAUUCUGAAGUUAAUGAUUUUCUCAUUAAUAUAAGAGUAAAAAUAAAAUUAUAUGGUCGCGAAAAUGUCUAUAAAGCAGAUGAGACAGGAUUAUUUUAUAAAGCUCUUCCAUGUAAAAGCAUUUGCAAGAUCAAGAGAUAUGGGCAUAAAUUAUUGAAGGAUCGAAUAUCGAUAAUGUUCUGUUCAAAUAUGACUGGUACCGAUAAACUAACACCAUUCAUAAUUGGAAAAUUCAAAAAUCCUAGAUGCUCUAAAAUUUUAGCUAUCGAAGUUUUGUGA